GAACAUCUUUGCAACCGGUGUUGUUGUCUUUGUAAUCGCGGACCGAAAUUUGACAGUUGCUAGCUACCAGUAGAGUAGUGGCGAUAGCGAAGAACUUACAACCUUGUUUCCUGUAGAUUAGAUUUCGUCAUGUGUGUUAGGAAGAUUUUUCCGAAAAUGCUCAUUUAAUUUUGCGUCACUUUCGUUAUUCCCAUUUGUACGUAACAGCAGACGAACAAAGGUAACCUAAAUUGUAGUAAACAUAGAAUUUUCACUACUUGAUCCGUAUUCAUUUUCAUCGGCAGAAUGUCUUCUGUGAAGUACUAGGCAUUUACUUGUGGCGUCUAAGUGACUGUGAAAAUGUCUCUCGCUCAAACCGCUUCAGCACCAUUGUAUUAGGAAACUUAUGCUUACGUUACUUGAUUCAUAACAACAUUCUUAAAUCGAGCGUGAGCAACAUAGUCGUACAUAGAUCCGAUUGCUUUUAUCUAAGCAACGGAUUAUAUCACUCAUCAUACUGAAGUCCAAAUUUCUGUACGAACGUGUACGAGUCCCUUGUGGACUCGAAAACGCUACAAUGGACCCCGAAGAGGCGACAAUGAUAAUGGGAGAAGAGGGCGGGGGUGGCGGCGGCGGCUUGGAACCAGCAGAAGAGAUUCCGGAAGUAAAAACACUUUUGCAAAAGGCGAAGUUUUACACUUCGCUUUGCCUUGGUACCACAGCUGUUCUUUCAGUAUUUGGCUUUCUGUUUCUAAUUCCCUUUGUAGUAGAUCCAGCAAUAUCCGCAAUUGUGUCCGACUAUGAAUCUGAACCUGUAACGUGUGCAACUGUGGAACAUGUUUAUGCAGAAGGACUGCGUAAUUGUUCUUGGGCGUCUUGUCGUGAGGGCUGCACGACUGCGCCCGCUCGUUGUCAUCAGAUUCUUGUUAACUACAGCCGCGAGCCGUAUGCAGCUGGCUCUGCCCGCAACUUCAGCCCACUUCCAAAUUGGGAUGUUGUUGGCACACGUUUCUUCAUCAACACGGAAGGCUGUGGGUACCCGCCAAGUGUGAACUGUUCAGUUUUUGCCAAGAAAUUCCGAGGUGAUGGAGAUGAAAUUGCAGUGAAGCAACCAUUCCCAUGUUAUUUCAGCCGCGCCUAUCCAGAAAUGGUUGUUGCCAGAUAUGACUGGGAUGAAAAUCUGCGCCAUCUAAUCCUCGCCCUUGUAGUGCCAACACUAUUGUUUGGGGUGUCUGUUGGCGUGCUUGCAUACUGGUACUGCCCUGGUUGCCGUAGACUGUGUCACAAGCCCUACCGUGAGAAAUACACACCCAAAGAUGAAGAUAUGGAGGAAGACGAUGACUUCUUUGAUGAAGGAGCCUAUUGACACACAACUGUACAAAUGUGUCCUCCCAAGCAGUAUUAUUGUGGAUCUCAGUUUUAACAGUAUUAUGGUUCUAUUUAUCAGACCAUUUUAAUUGUUGGUCAUGCUGAAAAUGGCAAAAUAAUUAAUGUAUUUACCACAGUCAGUGUGACAUCUAGUCAUCCUGAAAGUGUGUGCAAUAUACUAUAUGUCUAGUCAUAUGAAAUAAGUAUUGUUUUUUUAAAAAAAAUCCAUAAAUAUUUCAUACAUGUUUUGAUUACUCUGUAAAAAUCUUGGAAGAUGUUAUAAUGUAGGUGAGAGAUCGUUCUUUCAUAUAAUUAAAAUUUGUUCCUGACUAAUGGUUGUUUUCACAACAUUAGGUAAAAGUUUAUCCCACUAGUUUGCGUAAGGUACCUGAUCUUCGUAUUUUAAUUACUGUUUUUAAAAUUAAAGUUAGGUGUGUUAGGCAGAACGUGGAACUUAGGCUGUUCAUAAAUGUCACUAAUGAUGCCAGUUACAUUUCUGGGUUGAUUUGAUGCAAACAUUUUUCCCUCAACUAUAAACUUUGAAUAUUUGACUGAGUAGGUUUAAUUUUUAAUCAUUUACUUGCUUCUUAUUCUACUGAGAAAGUUUAGUAAGCUAGGAAGUAUAAAAAUUCUGCAUAGUUGUGAGAUAGACCACACCACUUGAAGUGCCAUACCAACUAAUGUUUUUGUCAGCCUGUGGUAAACUAUCGGAGUGUGUUUCUAAUGUUAACACAAUGGAACUUGCAGACUGCAGUUUUCCUUCUCCUGCUACUGUCUUCAUACCAUGUCUUGCAAUGUGUUACCUGUAACUAACCAUCUUCAUAUAAGACACUUCCUAACAUUACCUAUCUUGAAAACUAAUUUUUCGUAAUUUUUGUACAUUUUCUUGUAUAUAAAAAAUUGUGCAUGCCAAAUGAGUGCAUUAAAGACAAAGCAACUUUUGAGCUCUGCCAAACAAAAGUAUUUUAUUGUUUCCUGUAAAAAGCAGUCCAAGAAGUAUUUUUUAUGUAAUACUGUCAACAUCUUUUCUUUUCCCAUGACUUAGCUGGAGCACCACUUCAGGAUGUCUUGUGUUCCCUGUUAAGGUCAUCUUCUUAGGAGCCAAAUACACCACUGAUUCAAAUUAUUCAGUGCUUUGGUCAGUGGCAAUGACUCCAAAAUUUGCUUUUAGUGAUGGCUAACAAGGAGAGUUGGUUGAAAAGUUAAAAAAUUGAAGUGGUGUUCCAGUAUUAAAAAUGCAUUGUACUUGAUCUAAAAUGAAACAGAAAUGGAUUUGUAACAUGUUUGGAUAGAAAAGUAGUUCCAUUGCUCUGUACUGGUGUUGACUCAGUUGAAGUGGAAAAUUUCAUAUUGUUUUGUUUAAUCAAAUGUGUUCGGAAUGAUUUAAAAGUGACUUUGUUUCAUUAAUAGAUUGCAGUUCUGUUGCAACAUGUCUCUAAUGGUGGUAAGAUUUAAGUUCAACUGUGUCUUGCGGCACAGUUGUGUAAGGACUAAAGCUUGGUUUUGCAGUGUAGUGUAUUUGUGAUUGGCAUAUGCACUCUAACCUGUUAAUCAUCACUUAAGAUACUUUUGCACAUAAAGUUCCUGAAGGAGCGUUACUGUCUGUGGGUUAAGACUCAAUUUUGAGUGUAUUGGCAUUGAAGUUGUGUAAUAUUGUCAGAUGUCAAAUACCAUUUGACUCUGAACAGCAAACGAGUGUCAACUAUCAAAUGAAAGAUGGACACAGCUGAGGCACAGGCAGAUUUGCAUAGAACUACUUUGACUAGCAUUUCAUGUACCUGUUUACUGCAAAGAAUAGUCUGACUUCUCACAAUUUCACAAAAUAAAUAAGUACCCAAGAUCUUGAAGUAUAAAAUAGUUUUCUGAAUAAAUUUCUAAUUAAUUACUCUGCAUUCUCAGUGGAAUGUCAGCAAGUUAUAAUUGAAAUGUAGCAAUGGGGAGUCCACAGUCCAUACACAGGUCCACACUCGUGUUACAAAGGUACAUGACAUUGCCAUUAGUUGUGGUCUAGUUAUAAUUGUAAUCAUUGUUUUAUAUUUUGUAUGCUUUUUUAAAUUGAUGACAGUUAUGAUUUACAAGCAAAAACCUAUAGUAUAAGCUGAGAAGUAAUUUGAAAAAUAUGUCAUUAAUGCUGAUUUGGUAGAUGAAUCAGUUUUGUUAGUGGCAGGACAACAUUCUUCUCCAUCCAAAUUCCAUUGCAUAUUCUGCUUUCUUUCUGAGCUUUGUUAACUCUUACAUUAGUAUAAAUGUAACAAUUUCAAUUUUUUCAGAUAACACAAUUUACAACAGAAAAUGGUAUUCUAUUUGUGUAAAUGUUCAGGUAUGGUGUCAUAAGCGUACAGUAUAUAUUAUGGUAACUAGCAAGACCCAUUCGUGUUUUGAAUCUGUUGAUCAAUCAUCCAUGUUUUCUUGAUGUAUGAUAACAUAUAUGUAUGGCGUAGCUAACUUUUAGAAUGCAGUGUAAAAUUAUUUUUCGGCGUGGAGCCAGAUUGAAGAUUCUAUAGUGAAGUGAGAGAUGAUUAGGUGCCACCCCCCCCCCUUCUCUCUCUCUCUCUCUCUCUCUCUCUCUCUCUCUCUCUCUCUCUCUCUCUCUCUCUCUCUCUCUCUCUCUCUCUCUCUCUCUCUCUCUCUCUCUGUGUGUGUGUGUGUGUGUGUGUGUGUGUGUGUGUGUGUGUGUGUGUGUGUACUGAGAAUUAUAAUUGACUCUGACAUUGUUUGUUGAUAGCACUGUGCAGAGGCUCAUUUAUGGAUGAAAAUGUUUAGAAAUAUUAUUAAAUAUGUAUUUAUUUUCAUGAAAUCUAACCAAAAUAUGUUAGAAGUAUUUUUCACAAAGUUUUAUCACACUGAUGAGCUGAAACAAUGGCAAUGCCUCUUUUUAUUCUGCAGCCAUAUACUACUCAAGACAAAGCUGUUUUUAAAACCCCACACAUUUCAAACUUUUAAAGUUGCUAAAGUGAUCUACUCACAGGGAUUUUGUUUCAUAUACUUAUGAGGCAUUUGUACUGAUGGGACUAGAGUUUUUACCAUUAUUGGAGCCUACUGUGGACUUAUUCCUCAAAAAUAGUUUUUAUAUGCAUACUGCAGAUGUUAUAAGCAACAUUCUGAGAAAGCAUGAUUAAUAUAUUGAAAUAAAUCACGUUAGACUUAAGUCAAAUAAGUAAAUGUAAAUGAAUGUUAACUGGUGAUCUUUUAUUCUGCUAUUUUCUUCCUCAGGCAAAAGUUUCACAACGUAAUUAAAUUUUUACAACUAAAUUUUAAUUCCAGUUCUAAGUAUAUGCUGCAGUUUAAGUGCCUCUGAAUAGGUGAAAUAAUUACUUGACCACUAUUUUUAUGCAACAGUUUUGCAACUUGUUUACAGUUUUUCAAAUUUAAUGUUAAUUUUCUGGAAAUAUUGUCUCAGUGCAAACUGUUGAAAAUUCUUAGUUCUUUUUUUCGGUUGGCAAAUAAAGAUAUUUAUAACCUUCCACAUAAAAGUUUUGGUGGUGCUUUGGUGGUAGAUAUUUCUCUUUCUUCGCAUGUCUGUAUGUAAUGUGGUGAUUGUGUAAAAUUUGUUGAAUUUUUAGCACAUAAAUAUAACGAACUAUCAAUUUCGUACUGAUAUAUUUGACAUAACUGCAAAUUAUUUUUAUGGUUGCUUUUAUGUAAUGUUUUGUUUGAAUGAAGUAACACUGAAGUGAUACAAACCUGUCUACUUCUGAAUAUUAUGAAUGUUUACUGAAAUGUCUAUGCAAAUUGUUCAUAAUUUGGACUGAAUAAAAUGAUCAAAACAAAAAGAAGAGAGAAUUGUUUGCUCUGUGAAAUAUAUCGUAAAAAUAAGAAUGCAACCUUAAGUAUAAACUACAUGAUUAUCAAAACUAUGAAUAUGUAUUUUGUUGUUAGCUGCCCAGUUGACAGUCGCUAUGUGACUCAUCAUACACUUUGUGGUAGAGGGUCUUAGUGUACUCGAAGAAUAAGUUUCCCU